AUGUUUAUGUGUUGUGGAAUUGAUAGGUUAAAUGUUGUGGUAGUUUCAAGAGGCUUCUUGUUAAUGCAUCCCAUCAAGAACUUGUUGUUGUGCAUACCAAGAGGAGGGCACAUCAACCCGGCUGUGACCUUUGGUUUGUUCCUGGCUAGAAAGCUAUCUUUGACAAGGGCCCUAUUCUACAUAGUGAUGCAGUGCCUCGGCGCCAUUUGUGGGGCCGGGGUGGUGAAGGGCUACAUGGAGGGACCUUAUCAGGCUCUUAAUGGCGGGGCCAACUUUGUGAACCAUGGAUACACCAAGGGCUCUGCGCUUGGUGCCGAAAUCAUCGGCACCUUUGUUCUUGUCUACACCGUCUUCUCAGCUACCGAUGCCAAGAGAAGCGCAAGAGACUCGCACGUUCCCAUUUUGGCUCCUCUUCCAAUUGGGUUUGCCGUAUUCUUGGUUCAUUUGGCCACCAUCCCUAUAACCGGCACUGGCAUCAACCCUGCCAGGAGCCUCGGAGCCGCCAUCAUUUACAACCGAGACCAUGCGUGGGACGACCACUGGAUCUUCUGGGUGGGACCUUUCAUUGGAGCUGCUCUUGCGGCCGUGUACCACCAGAUUAUCAUCCGAGCCAUCCCAUUCAAGAGCGGCCGGUCUUCCUAA